UCAUUUGAUGGUUAUUGGUGAUGGUAGGUUGCUAGUUGGGGGGCAUACCUGUUUAAGAAAAAUGUUGUUACAAUGUCAAUUGCACCAAGGGACUCUCAUGAAGCACAAGUGCAAUUUGCUUUAGAAAGAGGUGUUCCGGCUAUCAUUGGCGUUCUUGGAACCAUCAUGUUGCCUUUCCCUUCUGGAUCAUUUGACAUGGCACAUUGUUCUCGCUGUUUGAUUCCAUGGGGUGGAAAUGAUGGUAUAUAUAUGAAGGAGGUUGAUCGAGUUCUUAGACCUGGUGGUUACUGGAUCCUUUCUGGCCCUCCAAUCAGCUGGAGGAAUAGCUACCGAGCAUGGCAGCGUCCUGAAGAUGAGCUUGAGGAGGAGCAAAGGCAGAUUGAGGAUAUUGCUAAACUUCUUUGUUGGGAAAAGAGACAUGAGAAGGGUGAAAUCGCUAUAUGGAGAAAAAGAUUAAAUACUGAUGAAUGCACUGAACAAGAAGCUCAAUCUUCAACAUGUGAUGCUACAAAUGCCAGUGAUGUCUGGUACAAAAAGAUGGAAAAUUGUAUAACUCCUACUAAAACUAAUGGUUCGUGGAAGCCAUUCCCAGAGAGACUCAAUGCUAUUCCUUCCAGAAUAACAAGUGGAUCUGUUCCUGGUCUAUCUGUAGAGAUAUUUGAGGAUGAUAAUCGAUCAUGGAAGAAGCAUGUAAACGCUUAUAAGCGGGUCAACAAAAUCAUUGACUCGGGAAGGUAUCGCAACAUAAUGGACAUGAAUGCUGGUCUGGGGAGUUUUGCUGCUGCCAUGGACUCUCCGAAAUUAUGGGUUAUGAAUGUUGUGCCUACAAUCGCAGAGAAAGCUAACCUUGGUGUUAUAUUUGAGCGUGGAUUGAUUGGCAUUUAUCACGAUUGGUGCGAAGCCUUCUCCACAUAUCCCAGGACCUAUGACCUAAUCCAUGCAAAUGCUGUUUUCAGCUUAUACAAGAAUGAGUGCGGCGCAGAAGACAUUUUAUUGGAGAUGGAUCGUAUAUUACGGCCUGAAGGAGCUGUAAUAAUUCGAGAUGAUGUUGGCGUGCUAAUGCGGGUGAAGAGAAUUGUGAGAGGAAUGAGGUGGAAAACGAGAAUGGUGGAUAACGAGGAUGGUCCAUUGGUUUCAGAGAAGGUUUUGUUUGCAGUCAAGCGGUAUUGGGUUGCAGGUGACAACAGUACAAGCUCACUGUGAUUAACGUAAGCAUUAAGCAGAGUUAUUGGAAUGGAACAAUGUUUCCAAAAACACUUCUAAUUGCAUGUACUUUGGAGUUUGUCUAGCUGGGUGAGAGCUUGGGCCUUGGAGACAUGAAAUCGCCUGGUGCCGAAGACAUUAGUGGCCGUAUGUUUAAUUUUGUUAAAUUGCAGAGUGAAUAAGUGAGCAAAAACAUAAUAAUUAGUGAAUGUGUUAGAGUGUAAUUAGCGAGAGAAAACCGUUAGUUAGGUUUUUUGUUUGUAAUUUGGUUUUGUUUGUAUGAAUGUAA